AUGGAGGUAUACGUGGAUGACAUGCUGGUCAAGGCCCCAGAACAUGCAGAUCACCUCAAAAACCUCGCCGACGCAUUCAGCCUGCUCCGCCAGUAUCGCAUGAAGUUGAAUCCAAGUAAAUGCACGUUUGGUGUAUCCUCCGGCGGAUUCUUGGGAUACUUAGUCACACAAAGAGGUAUAGAGGCACAACCACAUCAAAUCAAAGUCAUUCUCGAGAUGAAGUCGCCUUUCACAGUGAAGGAAAUACAAAGUCUGACGGGCAGAGUAGCGGCCCUCAACCGAUUUCUCUCGAGAUCUACCGACAAGUGCAGACCAUUCUUCAAAGCUCUGAAGAAAGGACAAAGAGACAAAUGGGAUGAAGAGGGCGAAGUAGCUUUCCAGAAUCUGAAGACUUACCUCACUUCACCUCCCUUGCUCUCAAAGCCCGUUCAUGGUGAAGAUUUGUUCGUGUACGUGGUAGUGUCCAACUUAGCCGUCAGCUCAGCUCUCAUCCGAGAAGAGCUGGGGGCCCAAUAUCCGGUAUUCUACAAGUCAAAAGCUCUUCUCGAUGCAGAAAGUCGCUACCCGAAAUUGGAUAAGCUUAUUUUGGCCCUUGUAGUUCCCGUGAGAAAGCUGCGACCCUAUUACCAAGCUCACCGAGUCAUCGUCAUGACCGACUUUCCUUUGAGAUCAAUCCUCCACAGCCCUAACGCUUCUCAGCGACUCAUGAACUGGGCUAUAAAGCUAAGCCAAUAUGACCUCCUCUACCGGCCAAAAGCUGCAAUAAAAGCCCAGGCUUUAGCAGACUUCAUCGCAAAAUUCACCCCAUUAGCCAAAGAAGAGAAGCUGGUCAACAAAAAGAAGGAAAGUUGA